CGCAUUGACCCGACCCACUCCCAGAUAUCUCUCAAUUAAUGCUUUCAAAAUGGCGAUGAGUUCGCGUCUAAAACGGGUUGCCAAAGAACUGCAGGAUUUUCAGCACACCAGUUAUAAUCCACAUCCAUACAACCAGGGAGAUUUAACUCGUCUUGAAGCCUCUCUGCCAAUUCCCCCAGGUACACCCUACUCUGGAGGUACUUACACCAUCAAUGUAUCAAUCCCCGAUGGCUAUCCAUUUGAGAAGCCGUCAAUGAAGUUUAAUCAAAAGAUAUAUCAUCCGAAUGUCCAUCAUGAAACGGGUGAGAUUGCACCAGGCGCUCUCGGCUCAUGGGGACCAACAAAUACUAUCAAAACAGCCUUGGACACAAUAGUCAGGCUACUUCAGCAACCUGACUCAAAUUUUCCUGUCAAUGAAGAUGCAAACACGCUGUUCUUGAGGAUCAAUUCUGUCUUCAAAGAAAGAGCUCAAGAGUGGGCUGUAAAGUAUGCGGCAGCCCCAGCUACGGAAACGGAUAGUGCUAGUUACGGAGGAUACAAUCGCAAUCUCAUCGAUCAAUUCGUCAUUCUGGGAUAUGAUAAAGAAUCUGUCGUCGAGGCAUUCAAAACCUUAGUAUUAUUUGAAGUUCGACUUGACCGGGAGAAUUCGAAAUCGUCAGGGCGUAAACGCCACUUUGCUCUAUCAUUCCAGUCCACAAUUCCUGAUGAGCGACUCAAAUUGCACAUCGGUGCAACAGCCCUCUCAUUCGGGGUUGCUGCAGCCCAGGCGCCAACAGAACUCCCAGAAUGCGGCAUGAACUGCCUGUCCAAAGUUGUCGCCGAGCCCGUAUUCUCCAACUCGACGCAAGAACAGCUUUGUCAUGAUGAAAUGUUCUAUUCUGCAAUGAGCAAGUGUUUAACGCAAGUCUGCACUGCAAUGGAAACCCUGAUGGUUGAAAAUGGUGUUGGUCGAGAUAUUUGGACACUUUCGGACAGCGAGAUGGUCACAUCUUUCAAGCUCAACUACUUUCUUCUGCUUGGUCUUGCCAAGGCAUCGAUCCUAGCCUUUUAUCUCCGAAUUUUUCCCGAUCGCAAGUUUCGCAUUACUGUUUGGCUCACACAAACCUUCAACCUCAGUUCAUCCUUUAUCAGAAAGAAGAUUGGUGUGAUUGCGAUGUUUAGCGUUGGAAUUUUUGUCGUGAGGUUUGUUUACCUGAGGUCAUUCCUGUCGGGAAAACAGGGCACAGGUGAGCCUCGUCAAGCUCAUUGCCAGUCUGAGCUAACUUUCGCAGAGAAGCGGGCUCUGAAAGCACUAAUAUGGGCUUGCAUCGAACCCUGCGUGGGCGUCAUGGUGGGCUGCUCACCCAAUAUCCGCCAGUUCGUACGAAAGGUUCGAGGCUCUGUAACGGGCCAGGCCAAACUUUCCGGGGCUCAAUACCAAUCGCCUACCGGUAUCUUUAAAAACCGGUCGCUGGAGCUUAUAUCCGACAGCACUAGUGCGGUCGAAUCUGAUAAAUCAAGGGACAAAAGGCCUUCUGUUUUAUGGUCAAUCAUCAUUGCAACCUGUCACUCUGUGCGAACUGCGGCCGUUCCGUACGUGACGAUGGUGUUGCAGAACCUCUAUCUCUCUUACAAGAGGGACACAAAAUACCUGUUGUAUUGGAUGAUCAACGUGUCCAAUCGUCUCCUCAGAUCCACCACUGAUGGAGAAACUCAAUCGGCCGGCUCUGUUAACACGACAGGUCAAAGCACAGUCAAUGGCCUGAUUUCCAUGUCGAAACUGAUCUCACAGCACAAGGAACCUGUACCGAAUGUCAUUUAUCGGCUUUUCGAAUCCAUCAUUCAGGCGAGGUCACUCGUUAGCACUACGUUUCAGGAGCUUAUGGGGCCUGAUUCGGACGAGGAACUCAAACGAAGUAACGAGAGCCAUCGACACUUCAUAAACACCCUUCGCAGUGCCUUCAAGAUUCUUGGCGGCGAAGAAUGGGAGAAGACGAGUGUUGCGGCCAGCGACGAUACCGAGGACGUUGAACAGAUCCUGUUCGCCAAUAAGUUCCAAGAACUGAGCGUCGACAAAGAGGGAGAGUCGAGCGAUGAAGACGAUGAUGUCGGUCAGCCACAAUCACCAGUCGCCGCACGAAAGGUCUCACGAAAGCCAAGGGGGAAAGGCAAAAAGGCGAGGAAAUACAAGAAGCCAAAGAAGGGCAAGAAACAAGACACGAAAGAUCCCGCGACCGAUGAAAUACCGAUUGAGAGCAUUCGCAUUAUCGAGGACAAUGGCGAGGUCGGCCUUGUCACAGAUUAUCUACUGGCUGUCUACUCAACAGUCAAAGAAUGGGCCGACCUCCGUGCUUACACUCAAAGUCUUUGGAAGGAGGUCGCAUACGAAGGUCUGAACAGCGCCGUUGCAGGCGCUGUAAGUAAUUUGACAAUCUCUAUGGUCAAGCGCACCAACGCGGCUAUCUUCGUCGACUUUCCGGGUCACGACACUUACGAAACCAUCAUGAACACCAUCACUCGAGGAAACAUGGAUAGAGCACAGGGAAAAUUCAGGCUUGCUCUUUUCGCGCUAGACCCGGAUGGUGAACAGCACAGUCAGAAGGAGACAGCCCUCGACAUCAAGGAGCAGUUCCUCAUUCACGCGUAUCAGGACUUGAGGGACUUUGUACUUGACUUUCAGGCCAAUCGUACUGGCAAGCCGACAAAGGCCAUGCAGGCAAAGAUCUCCAAAUGGGAUCCAAACUUCAAUUUGGAACGGGCUACGAAUGAGGAGCGAGUCGACUGGCGUCGCUGCUACACCAUAAAAUGGCUCUACGACCUUGUUAAUGUAUUCUCAUCUAUUGUGGUUCAGAGAAACAUGGUCAGAGGAGAGAAGCAUGUCUACGAGAACGUGGACUGGUCUGCGAGCGGUCCCUGGGGUGUCCACCGAGUCCUUUUCGGCCUGAACGAAUUUGCAGGCGACAUCACCAGCAUGGCUAUGAAAAAGCCUGGAACCGACAUCACGAAGAUGAUCUAUCCGCACCACGUUUUCCAGAUGCAGUGCAUCGUCGAUUCGUUUACCGUUUCUCGCGGUUGGUCGUUGAGUGCUCUGCACGGUCAUAUGCUUGAAGCGCCAGCAAAGAAGGGUCGUGCCAGACGAGAUGUCGACCUCUUUCUGGAUCGACAGAACAAGCGCGUGUUUGCUGGGUAUUGCCAGACAGUCGAUUUACUCAAGCAGAUUCUGGAGAAGGAUGGAAAGAUGGCUCAGCAUAAAGACUUUUUUGAGAUCAUCAAGAUCGCUCAGCUUGAUUUCGUCGACUUUCUUGGAGAGCACAAGUACACGACUGGGCUCGAUACCAUACCGCCCUCGCGCUUUGCAGACCAUAACCCGAACGGUCUCCAAGAGUAUUCGCCAUUCCUUUGUGGAGUUGGCCUUGAAGAAGGUCUCGAGAUCGCUUACAGAAUUGGCAUGUUCCUCUGGGAGCGCAUGCCUGAGCCAACGCUGAUGAUCCAUCUACACAAUGCUGUUGUACAAAAGGGUUACCUCUCUCGACCUGUUGGACUCUGCGCAACACUAGAAGAUCUCUUCAAGCAUACGUUCUUUGCACAUGGUCGCAAGCCGAAAUCAGGGUUUGUAGAUGCUCUGCUCGCGUCUGUGGGCCAGCCGGGGUCGAGACAGGCGCAGGCGCAGAGACAGGCGAUUCGAUAUAGAAGAAGAUUUGCGGAAAAUGUUCAUCAGCUUUUUGACCUGGAGAUCAACCAAAUUUUCAAGAGGAACUCCAUGCUUACCACUUGUCGGCGAGCGGGGUGGAACCUCGAGGCCAUUCCUGAUGAGGAGCUUCAAUUUGGCAGCAUGAUGUUCUUUGAGCGACUGAGUCGAGCAAAGCACGUGAGCGAAAAAGAGCUCGAGGACACUGUCCUUGUUCAGAAGGCGAGAGCAGUUGGAAUGACCGAUAAGGAGAUUAUUGAAGCAACAAACAAACUCUCUUCUAUUGCGAACAAUACGCUCGAGGUACCAAAUGAGGUCUUGGACAGAUACGCCCCAGAAGGCUUCCAGUUUCCUCCAUCAGCUGGGUCAGAAGCCCUCGACGGCCGCGAUAUUCUUGAACUGGCUAAAUUCGACAUUCUCUCCGACGUAGCGGGAAUCGCGCCAAUUUCGAGCCUUAACUAUCUCGGCGUCACCUGCUGGCUCCUCAUUACUUUUGGGCGUAUUGAGGAGCGGCUGAAAGAAGCCGGAAACCCUGUGUACUUCGAGGCAUAUGAAGGAUCUGGGCCUUGGAAGUCGGAGAAGAGAGUUGCUCUCGCGUUACUCGCGCUGAAGGGAGACAAUGAGGAGUGUUUAAGAAUUGUGGCUGAUACAUUGAAUGAAGCUCGUACUGGAUUCAUGGAUUUUAUCUACUGGAAGGAUCUGGAGAUGGAGCCGAGAGAGAGAGAAGCAGAUGUGGAUCCUAGUCUUGGUAAUGAGUGCACUGUUAUGUGAAUGGGGUUUGGGCCUGUUGGGGAAUAAGAGUAAUGAUUCGGUCUUCGUAUGCUAGGCUAGAAGUUUUGGUCUUUAGAAAGAAAGAACAAAGAAAAUCCUAGCCCAAAGAAAAAGAUGC